AGCACCUGCUUUUGCUUUUCGUCUCGGUGAUCGGACCCACGCUUCACUUCGUUUCGCCGUCGGGACGCGAAAAGCGGCGCGAAACGUUGGCGAACAUGAAGAUCGCCACGACGCUAUUUCUCUUCGUCGUCGUCGGGUGCACGUGGCGAGAAGCACUGGGCACGUGCGUAUUGGAAUCGGACUUUGGUUUCACGUUAAACUGUGCCUUCAAAAAGUCGGGCCUCUUUCGGGUCCGUAAUCUCGGAGGCGUCAAGGGCUACGUUGGUCUCGGUUUUUCAAUUGGGGACGAGCUCGGCUUUCGAGAAUCUUUGACGAAUUUGGAGGUCAGCAGGAGGCGUAGUGUAAAUAGCAGAAAUGGCGUUCCAGUCAUGCAUCCUAAUGUGGUGACUAGUCGAGACGACAUGCGCCAGGUGAACCGCGUGAGAAAUGUCGUGCCCCCAUUCAAGCCUCUACCGCCAGGAGCAUCGCGACCACUGGCAAAACAACCGGAGCGACAGCGUUUGGUCGUUCAGCAGAAUUCGACAGUUUCGGCAUUGAGGCCAAUGGCUCCGCCGUCGUACGCGACUCUGCAAGAGGACGCGUUGAAGCAGCAUCAACGUGCCCAGAUGGAGGCCAAGUGGAGACAGCAGCAGAAGUUGCAGCAGGAAUUGCUCGCGAUGCAGAUGCUGAAGCAGCAGAGGCAGCAACAAUUAGAAGCUGCGAGAUUGCAGCAGCAACAGAUGAAGGUGCAGAUGCCGCAGCAGGCACUUCAGUCGGCGGUACCUGUCAAGAGAGUGCAGCAGCAGCAGCAGCAGCAGCAGCAAGUGCCAAGUGGCUUAGUGAUGCCAGCGCGACUACCAAGUGUGGUAGCUGCAAUCCCACCGGCGACAGGCAAUGUGGACGCGCAAGCCAAGCCAGCGAGUGGUGCCGCUCUGCCGCAAUUCGUCAACAUGCCUGGGUCUGGAGCUCAACUUACCCACAGGAUCAGCGAUAGUCCGAGCUUACUCGAGGACUCGGCUAAUGAGGUUCCCAAGGACGAGUUCAAUCAGCUACCACUUCCCGACGAGCGCGCGGCAUCCCAAGUGAACAAAAUGACUUUGCUGUCUCUGCAGCCAAUAACCGCAGUGGAGUAUCCACAACCACAGAACCAAGGCAAGCGCCAGUCGGUACCCUUGAUGCCCUCGCUAGCACCGAUCCAAGGCAUGGAGACGUCGCUGAAGGCACUCACCGAGGCGAGCAACAUCACCCUCGAGGCGCUCGAAGCCGCGAUAUUACUGAGGCAGCAACAGCUACUACAGAAACAGGAACCGCCCACCACCUCCACUACCACGACCAGUCGUCCAUCGGUGAAAAGACCUGUGAAUUCUGGAGUGACCAAAGUGAUGAACGCGCCGCGCGAGUACUACCCUGUUGGAUACGACAAGAAUUUCGACGAUAACUUUGUCAGCCGAGUGGAUCUGCCCGACACUACGUUCUACUGCGGCGACCAGAAACAUUUCCCGGGACUCUACGCCGACGAGGAUCUUGGAUGCAUGGUGUUUCACGUGUGUGCCUUAACGGACGACGGCUUGAUAAUGAAGAGUUUCCUUUGUCCAGAAUCGACCAUCUUCGAUCAGACGAUUCUCAAAUGCAACUGGUGGUUCUACGUCGAUUGCAAAGCAUCGAAGAGCCUCUACGACAGUAACAUUCCGAUCAGUAAAAGUUAUCAACUGAUGAAAGCUUUGGCUUUCUUCUCCGCGUACAAGAGUCAUGAUAAUUCGACGCAACCUGCGACGCAAAACGAAAAGGAAUCCUCUUGAGGUGGCGUUCGCGCUUUUAUUUAUUCGAGCAUCGAUGCGCAUUUGAUCCCUUACUGUAUUUGCUGGUGAAUUCGGCCAGUCGCAUUUCACGAAAACGAGGAAUAUAAAUGCGCAUCCCUGAUUGAUAAUAGUCGAAUGAAGAGAAAUUAUGGCAUUUUGUUUGUUCGUUUGUAUGUAGAACUCACGGGGAUUAUAGGUUGUCUCAUACGAAAUGUUAACCGGUAAAUUUUUGUUAGAAAUGUACACACUUUGGCGCACGCACCGUUGAUUUUGAACCUCCCAUCUCCAUGUCCGCAGUUGUAUAAGUUAUCAUGAAAAUUUACCUUUUCACAUUACGUUGAUUACGUUCACAUUACUCGCGAACGGCUAUACUUCUUCGGGAUGAUCGAAGUAUUAUUUAUUUUUUUACAAUAUAAUUAUGCCUAUUUUGCGUGGUAGGAGCGAGUGAUAGCGCUAUUAUAAUUGUAGAGAAAGUCAGGAGAUAACAAUAGUUCACUGUUGAAAUUUUUAUCUAUUUUUUUUAGUGGAAAGAACGGGUGUUAUGUUUUUACUUUUAAUCUUGAAUCUAUCAGUCUAAUCAAAAAUAACAAAAAAAUCACUUGUUUAUAUUUUUUAUAUACACACGUUGUAAGUUUUCAAUGAUCUGUGUGAAAUACUACGUAAGUCACGUUAGUAACGUUAUCGUAUACGUUAUGUACACAACGCUU